AUGGCACCCCCUCUGGACCCCAGAGUGUACACAUUUCCUGCGAUCUAUGCCUCCCAUGGACUCGCACCGACAAUUGACGGUGUCUUUCUGCCGAAGUGCCCAGAAGCCAUUCUCGCUGAACUGGCCGCCAACCAAUCGGCAGGGUCACCGUCACCAGCACCAGCACCCGAGCUGUUGAUAGGAACAGUGGCCAAUGAAGGCAUGUACUGGCUCUUCUAUGCUCUUGGCCUGAAGAAUGUGGAAUUUCGCCUUGAAAAUGGCACCGUCCCCCUGCCAGAUGCGGCCACUCUCAAGGCUGCCAACUUUAAUAUCUAUGAUCUGCUCACCGGCAAGUUUAUGAGCGAACAGAACCUGGACAAUAUCAUCCACGACAUAGUCAGAAGUAGCAUGGCAGACGCCUACGAGAUAAAAGAUACCGACUCCGAGGUGGCCAAUUCGAGCGCGUUCAUGCAUCGCAUGGAUGCCAUCUCCGGCGACAUUGAGUUCACCUGUGGAACGCAGAAAUUUGCCCAACGCAUUGCGCAGCUGCCCAAUACCGCGGUGUACGCCUACAAUUUUGUGCACAAAACGCGCGAGAACGGGUUUCCGGACUGGACGGGCGCAAUGCACGGCUAUCAAAUCGACUACAUCUUCGGGAUGCCAUUUUCUGAACAGUUUAAGCGCGACUUUUAUAAGUACACUGAGGCCGAGGCAGGACUGAGCGCAACUGUGAUGGCCUAUUGGGCAAAUUUUGCUCGAACUGGGUAA